AUGGAUGAUAGGGGAUUACAAUUAUUUGAUGAAAUUACACACCUUGAAGAAUAUUAUCUAGCUAAUGCAAAAAUCCAAGGAACGAGGCAGAUUGUAUUGUUGGUCACAUUAAUAUUAAAGAUAAUGGUUUGGUCAUUGGACUUGGGUCAGGUUCAUUAUUUGGAGAUUCUGCUAAAGAUGGAAUGGACUUUAUCAAAAAAGAUUCAAAAUCAAUCUAUGAAUCCUGAUGAUUGGUAUUGA